AUGACGAAACGAAGUUUCAAGCGCCUGCCAAGAAGCAUCAUUCCUAAGAACUAUGUGAUCACUCUCAAGACGGAUUUUCAAAAGUCGGUGUGCCCGGGGUCCGUGAAAAUUUCACUGGAGAUAGUAGAAACAACGUCUGUGAUUCUCCUGGAUGCUCUCGACCUCAAGAUACAGACUUGCUCCUUGGAGCUUGCCGACGGAGCGAUUUCGAAGCCUAAGGAAAUUCGUCUCAUGCCAGAAGAUGGAAGACUGGAGCUCUCUUUCGAGCAAAAUCUGCCUUUGGGCUCAUGCGCUCUAUCCAUCGAGUUCGAGGGAGAAAUUAACACCAGUCUCCGGGGAUUUUAUAAAACGACACCGAAAGGAGAGCUCCAGGCUAUUCCCGAAGCUCACGGCGUCACCCAGUUCGCGGCCACCGAGGCUCGACGGUGUUUCCCCUGCUGGGACGAGCCAUCCUUCAAAGCGACUUUCGAGCUGACCUUAAUCGUUCCUCAACAUCUACAAACCCUCUCCAACAUGGAUGCGGAGGAAACUACCACGCUUGACGAUGGACUGAAAAAAAUUCGUCACCCAAAAACCCCAAAGAUGAGCUCUUACCUAGUGGCGUUCGCGAUCGGGAAAUACGAUUUCUUGGAGUCGUCGACAAAAUCGAACGUUCGAGUUCGUGUUUACGCUCCGAAAGGGAUGGGGGAACUCGGCGACUUCGCUCUGAAGUUCGCCGUGAAAUCAUUGGAAUUCUAUGAAGAUUAUUUUUCCAUUCCUUACCCGUUACCGAAGCUCGAUCUCCUGGCCGUGAAUGAUUUCGCCUACGGCGCCAUGGAAAACUGGGGCCUCGUAAUCUUCAGACAAAGUCGACUCCUGUUUGAUGAAUUGCGUAGUGACUCUUCGACUAGAGAGGACGUAUCUCUUGUCGUGGCUCACGAACUUGCGCAUCAAUGGUUCGGGAACAUCGUCACCAUGGAAUGGUGGACUCAUCUGUGGCUCAACGAGGGCUUCGCACAAUUCAUGGAAAUCCUAUGCACGCAAGCAAUCAGUCCGGAGCUUGGCGUUUGGUCGCAGCUUUCGCUCGAACUCAACACUGCCUUGACGCUCGAUGCGCUCGAUAGCUCCCACCCCAUUGAGGUCCCAAUACAUCAUCCAUCGGAAAUUGAUGAAAUUUUCGAUAGAAUUUCCUACAGCAAAGGCUCGGCGAUUAUAUCCAUGCUGUACCACCACAUAGGUGAUGAGAAGUUUCGCAAAGGAAUGGCGAGGUACCUCAACAAACACGAAUACGGUAAUGCUCAGACGGAAGAUCUGUGGCACGCUCUACAGACUCCGGAGGAGUCAUCGGUCCUCGAUUUGAUGCAGCCGUGGACGUCCCAGAUGGGCUUCCCUCAGCUCUCCGUGAAAAUGGUUGACGGAGAUCUACUCAUUAGCCAAGAGAAGUUCUACUCGACCGCUGAGAAUGCCCAGAAGGCCGUCAUAAAGCCAACAUGGAAGGUUCCCGUGAGCAUUGCUACCAACGCUUCGGCCGCACCGAUCAGAGUUGUUCUUGAAAACGACUCCACCACUGUGAAGCUGCCGACGGGGGUCGAAUGGGUUCAUGUGAACUCAGGAGGUACCGGCGUCUUCAGGACACUAUACGAAGAAUCCAUGUUCAACAACCUCCUGGUGGCCUUGAAGAACAAAGAGCUCACCAACGACCGAGAUCGUUUCGUCAUCCAUGCGGAUCUUUCAGCCCAGGUCGCCGCAAAUUAUCGGAGCAGCGCACAGCUCCUACAACUCACGUCCAUUUUGAGUGACGAUGAAAGCUACAUCGUUUGGGUGUCGAUCAGAGGAGCACUCAGAGAGCUGGCUCUCGUUUACCAGACCGACCGAGAUCUACACGAAUCGAUUGCCCGCUUCGCACGACAAGUAUUCUCGAAAAUCUUCGCUCUACUCGGAUGGGAUGAGUCUCCAAAGGACGAUCAUUGUCGAGCCCUUCUGAGGACUUUGGUGAUCGAUGCUCUGAUAGGUUUCGAUGACAGAGACGUAAUAGCGGAAGCAGCGAAGAGAUUCCGAGACAGCUUGGCGGGCGAAGCCUCUCUGUCCGGCAACCUGAAAGCCGCCGCUUACAGAGGAUUCGCGAAGUCAGGCGACAAGACUGUUUGGGACACCCUAUGGCAAAUGUUCCGAACGGCUGGAAUGCAAGAAGAUGAAGUCAAAAUAUUGCUUGCAUUGGGCUCUUCGAACGAUGAGGGAACGAUCCAGAAACUCUUGGAUUCGAAUCUCACCGAUGAGAUUCGAUCUCAGCAGGGUCCGCAAGUCAUUAGGGCUAUAGCGCAAACCUCGAAGGGUCUCCCGAUGCUCUGGCAACAUUACACCAAGUGGCAUGAGAAGUACAACGAGAGAUUCAAUGCGGGAAUUUUGCUACCCGCUUUCAUCAAGGCGCUCACCGGGAGCUUCAGUACCGAGUCGAUGGCUAGCGAGAUCCGGUCUUUCUUCGAAAAGAAUCCUCUGUCCGGAACUGAACGCUCGCUCCUCCAAUCGCGAGAAGAAAUACUCAGACGAGCUGCCUGGCGAGAUCGGGACGAGCAAUCGCUCAGGAAUUUCUUCAGCAAGCCACCUUCGAACCUUUGA